AUGCGAGUUCCACGGUCUCAAGCCAGUGUUAUCCGGCGCUGCUGGGUCACAUUCUGGCCAGAGCGAGUUUUGCCUCACGCGCGGAGCGGCUGCGACGCGUGCGUCCAGCGCAGUGCUUUGCCCGUCUGGGGCAGACGAAGCAUCUGGAACGCGCGACUCGGUCCCGCUGCUGCUUCUGCGUCUGCGUCACUAUCGACGCUGGCGCGACGUCGCGUGCCUUCGCACUUUGGCUUCGUUAUUGUGCCCCAGCAGUACGCUUAUAUUGUUCAGCGGUUCGGCCGCUUUAGUCGAGUGCUCGAUCCAGGUCUACACUUUCUCAUCCCGUUUGUGGACAAAAUUGCUUACGUGCAUUCUCUGAAAGAAGAGGCGGUAUCGAUCAACUCGCAGACGGCGAUCACUCGAGACAACGUUACCAUCGCAAUCGAUGGCGUCCUCUAUGUUCGUGUCGUUGAUCCGGCGAAAGCUUCCUACGGGGUCGAGGAUCCCUAUAUGGCUUUAACGCUACUAGCGCAAACAACCAUGCGCUCCGAGCUCGGUAAGCUCUCCCUCGACAAGACCUUUGAGGAACGCGAAAUGCUCAAUGCACGCAUUGUGGACAGUAUCAACGAGGCUGCUGCCGCCUGGGGUAUGCAGUGUCUGCGGUACGAAAUACGGGACAUCAAUCCGCCAGCGAACGUUCGCAAAGCUAUGGAGUUGCAAGCGGAGGCAGAGCGUCGGAAGCGCGCUCAAAUCUUGGACUCUGAGGGGGAAAAGGAAUCCGAAAUUAAUGUCGCAGAGGGCCAAAAACGAUCCAAAAUUUUGAAUUCAGAGGCGUUGCAACUGGAACAGAUCAAUCGCGCGCACGGUGAAGCAGAGGCAAUACUCGCUAGAGCACGUGCAACCGCCCAGGCCAUACGUAUCGUAGCAGCCGAGAUGCAACAGAAAGGUGGACGGGAUGCAGUAGCACUGCGCAUUGCCGAACAAUACGUGCAAGCCUGGAGUAAGCUCGCCAAGGAAGGAAAUACAUUGAUCAUUCCAGCGAAUAUCAGCGAUGUUCGUGGCAUGAUAGCACAAGCUUUUUCAGUCUGGGAAACCAUGGGGACGCAAACGUCGAAUGCACGUGCAGCUCGUGCUGUGGUGUCCCCGGCGGCGGAGGAUAAGGCCGCCCUAGUGGCCUCGUCGGAGCAGUCCGAUAGCUAG